GCUGUGCACCGGGAAUUACACAACUUCCAGAAAAGUCUAAAACCACAGGGCAUUCUCCGUGAGUGAAUCACAGUGUCAACAUCAGCGCAAGGUAUAAAUACCUACGAGGACGCAGUCCCGCCGCGCUUCAUCUACUGUGAAGAGGCAGGAUCAGCGGGGAGGUUCACACAGUCCACAGUCUGAGUGCUAAAGUACCUGCAGCCAGGUUCCUGAGAGUGUGGGUAAGAUGAAGUACUCCUGGUGUCUCCUGGGGCUCUGUCUCCUGUUUUACUCAGUCCAGAGCCUGCUGCCCCCCUCCAAAGAGGAGCUGAACGAGAUUUCCCUCCUGGGUGAGAAGUACCUGGACAAGCAAAUUGAGAAUGCCAUCACCGGAGUGAAAGAGAUGAAGUCUGUGAUGGAGAAAUCUGAGGAGGAGCACAAUAAGUUCCUGACAGCCCUGGAGAAAACCAAACAGCAGAAGGAGGAGGCGCUGAAGGCGGCGCAAGAGAUGGAGGCCAAGCUGGAGGAGGAGCAGGGCGUGUGCAACGAGACCAUGCAGGCGCUGUGGGAGGAGUGCAAGCCGUGCCUGAAGAACACCUGCAUCAAGUACUACUCCAGGACCUGCAGCAGCGGCUCCGGGCUGGUGGGCCGGCAGCUGGAGGAGGUCUUGAACAGGAGUUCUCCCAUCUCCAUCUGGAUCAACGGGGAGAACAUCGACAUGCUGGAGAGGAAGGACCAGGAGCAGAGCGAGAGGUUUCAGGACCUAGAGGAGCGCUACUCCGAGGUGGCGGAUGGAGUGGACAACAUCUUCCAGGACAGCAUGAAGGUGUUCGACCACAUGCGCUCCUUCCACCAGCCGAUGUUCCCCAGCCCCUUCGGGUUCUCCAGGUUCUUCGGGCGUAACGAGGGGCACUCACGCACCUACAGGUCGGUGGUGCAGGACCGGGACUUCCACGGCUUCCACAGCAUGUUCCAGCCCAUGAUGGACAUGGCCCGCAACAUCUUCGGCUCCCUGGGACCCUACGUGGGCAGGGAUGAAGACUUCGACCUCAUGCCCGCUGAAGGAAAUGGGAGCGUUAACGAGGACGUGGUUAUCACGAAGCCUUUCGGGAAUGGUCGCAUGACCUGCAGGGAAAUCCGUCGCAAUUCAGCCGGCUGCAUCAAGCUGCGGGAGGAAUGUGAAAAGUGCAAAGCCAUCCAGUCAGUUGAUUGCUCGGGGAAGAACCCUCUGGAAGGACCUGUGAAGGAGGAGCUGGAGAGAGCUCUGGCCAUGGCGGAUAAGUUCACCCAGGAGUACAGCAAGCUUCUGAGGAGGUUUGAGGAGCAGAUGUUCAACACCUCCAGCCUGCUGGACAUGUUCAACCGGCAGUUUGGCUGGGUGUCUGCCCUGGCCAACAACACAAAGACCAAGGAUGGAAUCUUCCAGAUUAAAACAGUUAUGUCCAGGACAUCAGAAGACAACAAGCCGCCAGAGGACACCAAAGUGUCCGUUGAGCUGUUUGAUGCCCCUCCCAUGAGCUUCACGGUGCCAGGAGACCUCCCCUGGAGCGAUCCCAGAUUCUCCGAGGUGGUGGCUCAGGAGGCUCUUGACCGCUACAAGCAGAACACCAUUGUUGUGAAGUAAACCAUCAGAAGUUUUCCGGGCUGCGGUUCUGGCCAUAAAAGGAUUUUCUUCACAAUGCCGUAAGGUCGUAAUAUUUGUGAAUUUCGCGUUGUCUUCAACAUCAUAGCGAAUCCUUUUCCUAAUUUAGAAGCGUUUUGCAUGCACCAUAGUCUUUCCUGCUGUGAAACUUCACUGGCACGAAGUGAGAUCUUCCGAGCGGUGUCAUAUUUUUAGAAAAGGCAAAAGAGGAAUAAGAACUACUGUUCAUUUAAAAUUCAUGUCCUUACUACUUCAGCUAAUCUGCACUAACACUGUUGUAAUACUGUUUUGCUUUGUAAAUGUAUUCUGCCAGUUAGCUGAGGAAAAAGCUAGAGAUGAAAAUAUGAUUGCAAUAGAUUUUGUACAUUCCAACAUCCUGACUGCUAAAAACCAAUGCAGAAAUGAAUAAAAUAUACUGUGCUAAAA